CUUAAAAUUAGUAUUAUAUAUUGAGGCGAACCAUAUAUAAGCCCUCAGUUGUUCUCGUAACCCUAACAUCAGUGGCGGCCACACCGCCCCGACAUUAGGGUUUAUCAUCAUCUCCUCCUUAUUCCUCAGUGAAAUUGUUGAUUUAGUUUGGAGGCAAAAUGAGAUUAGAGAAGUGUUGGUUCUGUUCUUCUACUGUAUAUCCUGGUCAUGGGAUCCAGUUUGUUCGUAAUGAUGCUAAGAUUUUUCGAUUUUGUAGAUCCAAGUGCCACAAAAAUUUCAAAAUGAAGAGGAAUCCUCGGAAAGUAAAAUGGACCAAGGCAUAUAGGCGGGUGCAUGGAAAGGACAUGACACAGGAUUCAACCUUUGAGUUUGAGAGAAAACGCAACAGACCUGAGAGAUAUGACAGGAAUCUUACCGAGGAAGUCCUCAAGGCCAUUCCAAAGAUUGCUAAGAUCCAAGUCAGCAGGGCUGAAUCUCACCACGCUAUCAGGAUGAAGGGCAAGAAGAAGAAGGUGCAGAAGGAAGCUGCUAAAGAGUAUGAGCAGAGCAUCCAUCUACUUAAAGCUCCAUCUGCUUUGCUUGCGCCGGAGAAGAUCAAGGUGGCGGUUUCCCAACAAGCAGAGGAGAAUCGUGUCAUGGAAGAGUGAUAUCCAUGCUGCAUCCCCCUUGAUUAGGCUUAAGCUACAAGUUCAUUUGUUUCCCAUCAGUAAUGUGAAUGAUGAAGAAUUAUGUUAGUGAUGUUGUUUUUGGAUAAUGAUUUAAUGUUUUGUGAGAUAGUGAACUAUUAUAUGAAGCACAGAUGUUGCCUAAGAUGAAGUCUCCUUGGACGACUUGAAUAUGAGUAUACUAUUCGUUAUUUAAUCCGAUCAUCGUUCAUUGCACAUUGAAA